AUGUCCAAUCCACUAUUCCUCGGGUUGUACAAAUUCUGGAGCGUCUACAACGGUGACACAAGCUUUCUCCCGCUCUAUUUACCUUUGCUCUUCUGGGUCGUCUCCUAUACGUACUGCCGUUUCGUGCGAAGAGAGUUCCACAAAUGGACUCUUCUGCACAGUUUUCACAAUUUCGGGGCGAUUGUGUUGGGUUUAAUUUCUCUCUACUACGACAACGAUGCCGUCUUCAGCGAACGCCUUUCGAUCCUGUGGUCCAUGGCUUACUUUUUGGUAGAUAUUGUGGACUGUAUCGUCAGAGGCGACGUCGCGUACACCGUGCACGCCACCUUUUGUUUGCUAUUGGGAGUGGCGAACUAUACGACCCCCGUCUGUCGCGAGUUGCGCAUGAAUUCCAAAGCCGCCUUGCUCGAAUGCAGUACGCCCUUUCUAUACGUCGCCAAAACUACCCGGCAUCCGGCUCACUUUAUUCUCUUUGCCUUGGCCUUUACGCUCUGUCGAAUUGUGUGGGUGCCCGUUCUUAGUUUGCAGCUCAAGCAAGCUGGGCGGGGUUAUACCGAUUACCUGCAACUCGCCUUGUGCGGCUUUUACUGUUUGAAUCUGUUUUGGUACGCCAAGAUCCUUCGCAUUCUCUACGACGGUGCCACUGGCAAGAUCGAUAAGAAAGAGGUGUAA